AAUCUCUCAUCCGCACAAGUAUCUUAUCUUUAUAGCUUUUAAAGAUUGACAAAAGCUUUCUUCAGAUUCACAAUCUCAUCACACACACACAACCCUUCAAAAAAAGAAAGAAAGAACAGACAAAAGAUCUAAAGAAUAAACAAGAACCCUACUACAAUCAAAUCAAAACCAAACCAAGAAGCAAAAGUUUCCUCUUUAUAUUCUCUUCUCCUCUUCUUGUUCUUGAGAAAAAUAGGGUUUGAUUUUAUUGUCCAAAAGAAAAGAUCUUUCAUCAGAAAAAGCAACACCAAACUCAUGUUUGUGUGUGUGUCUGAAUAUAGAUAAACAUUUACAUCACCUAAUAAGUUUACAUAUAAAAGAAGAAGGAAAAAUGGGAAGGGGAAGGGUAGAGCUAAAGAGGAUCGAGAACAAGAUUAACAGACAAGUCACGUUCGCUAAGCGUAGAAACGGUUUGCUGAAAAAAGCUUAUGAGCUUUCAGUUCUCUGCGAUGCUGAGGUUUCUCUCAUCGUCUUCUCCAACCGUGGAAAGCUCUACGAGUUCUGCAGCACCUCCAACAUGCUCAAGACACUGGAAAGGUACCAGAAGUGUAGCUAUGGUUCAGUUGAAGUCAACAACAAACCUGCCAAAGAACUCGAGAAUAGCUACAGAGAGUAUUUGAAGCUGAAAGGUAGAUAUGAAAAUCUUCAACGUCAGCAGAGAAAUCUACUUGGAGAGGACCUUGGACCCCUGAACUCAAAGGAGCUAGAGCAGCUUGAGCGUCAACUAGACGGCUCUCUUAAGCAAGUUCGCUGCAUCAAGACACAGUAUAUGCUUGACCAGCUCACUGACCUCCAAGGCAAAGAGCAUAUCUUGCUUGACGCCAAUCGUGCUUUGUCAAUGAAGCUGGAAGAUAUGAUAGGCGUGAGAAGUCACCAUAUAGGAGGGACAUGGGAAGGUGGCGACCAACAUAAUGUUGCCUAUGGACAUCAUCAGGCUCAGUCUCAGGGACUAUUCCAGUCUCUUGAAUGUGAUCCCACUUUGCAAAUGGGAUACAACCAUCCAGUGUGUUCAGAGCAAAUGGCCGUAACUGCGCAAGGUCAGUCGUCCCAACCAGGAAACAACGGCUACAUCCCUGGCUGGAUGCUGUGAGUAUGAUACUUCUUAAUUCUACCCUCCCAAUAAGUAUCUUUAAGCAUGCAUGCAAGCGGUGGGUUCUUGGUGAUGAGGAUGAGAUGGGAUUAUAUGAAUAUGUAUGCUGCAUAAUUAAGACUUUUGAUUUGUAGACAUAAGUGGGCUAUAACUAUAAUAGCCUUAAAACAUAUCUCUUCUGUUUUCAGAAGAUGUUUGUGCCUUUUGAAACCUUGCUUUUAUAUAAAUAGAUUUGUAAUGUGUGGAAUGUUUAUAUUAA